AUGGCUGAGCAGUUGAUUCUCAAGGGUACCCUCGAGGGCCACAAUGGCUGGGUCACCAGCCUGGCUACCUCCAUGGAGAACCCCAACAUGCUCCUGUCCGCUUCCCGUGACAAGACUCUGAUCAUCUGGAACCUCACCCGUGACGAGUCCCAGUACGGUUACCCCAAGCGCUCCCUCAAGGGCCACUCCCACAUCGUCUCCGACUGCGUUAUCUCCUCGGACGGCGCCUACGCCCUGUCUGCCUCUUGGGACAAGACUCUCCGCCUUUGGGAGCUUGCCACCGGCACCACCACCCGCCGCUUUGUCGGCCACACCAACGACGUUCUGUCUGUCUCCUUCUCCGCCGACAACAGACAAAUCGUUUCUGGCUCCCGCGACCGCACUAUCAAGCUCUGGAACACCCUCGGUGACUGCAAGUACACCAUCUCCGAGAAGGGUCACUCCGAGUGGGUUUCCUGCGUCCGCUUCAGCCCCAACCCCCAGAACCCCGUCAUUGUCUCCUCCGGCUGGGACAAGCUCGUCAAGGUCUGGGAGCUCAGCACCUGCAAGCUGCAGACUGACCACAUCGGCCACACCGGCUACAUCAACACCGUCACCAUCUCCCCCGAUGGAUCCCUCUGCGCCUCCGGUGGCAAGGACGGUACCACCAUGCUUUGGGACCUUAACGAGUCCAAGCACCUCUACUCCCUCAACGCCAACGACGAGAUCCACGCCCUUGUCUUCUCCCCCAACCGCUACUGGCUCUGCGCUGCUACCGCCAGCAGCAUCAUCAUCUUCGACCUUGAGAAGAAGAGCAAGGUUGAUGAGCUCAAGCCCGAGUUCACUGCUGUCGGCAAGAAGAGCCGUGAGCCUGAGUGCGUGAGCUUGGCCUGGUCCGCCGAUGGCCAGACCCUGUUCGCCGGUUACACCGACAACAUCAUCCGUGCCUGGGGUGUCAUGUCGAGAGCAUAA